AUGGACAUCUGGCAGGCAUCUUCGCAAGCCCCAGAGCAGCCUCUGCGCAUAGCGACGGCCGCGGCCUACCUAGGCUUCAUUGCCGUAAACGUGGCGUCAAGCGUGGGGUGGCUGGGCGCCACCAAUGCAGAGGUGUCGGCUAAGUUCACCGUGCCCCUGACGCCCGCGGGCUGGGCGUUCGGCAUCUGGGGCCUCAUCUUUGCGCUGGAGGGCUGGGGAGUGGUGUACCAGCUGGUGGGCAGCGGCUACGACGCAGACGGCUUUAAGGCCCGCUUCGCCAACGCCACCAACAUCAACUGGAUAGUGGCCUGGCUGGCCUGCAUCGGCUGGCAGUUUGCCUUUGUUCAGCAGACGCCUGGCGGCAUGUGGCUCUCCUUUGUACUCAUCCUCACCGCUUUCCUGGCAAUGGGCAGGGCGCUGGUGCAGCUGUACAGCGUGAAGGACCGCUUCGGCCCCGCGCACUCGCUGUCGCUCUACGCCGCUUUCUUCCUGGGCACAACCGUCAACACAGCGUGGCUCAGCGUGGCCGCCUCCGUCCAGCUGCUCAUCGCCCUUCAGAUGGGCGUCGCCAGCCUGGAGGCUGCGUCUAUCAUGCUGGCUACCGCGGUGACCUGCCUGGGCGCGUAUGCGCUCUUCCGAGAGCACGACACAGCCUACGGCCUGGCGCUGGUGUGGGCCUUUGUGGCGGUCUACGAAAAGACCGAGUCUGUGGCUGUGCGCAACACGGCGCUGGGCGCCAUUGUGCUGCUGGCCGUGCUCAGCAUUGCCAGCGUGCUGCGCCGGCCGGGCCAGGAGCCGCACUAUGAGCCGGUUGGCGCGCGGGAGCCGCUCAGGCCCAGCCAGGACGAGGCCUGA